CUAAUGAGAGGAGUAAUGAGAGUUAGACGGUGCAGAGGCAUCAGUACGGCGAGAAGGAAGAGAGACAGCAUGCACUAUACUGGGGCACUGAAGAGGUGAAAGUGUGUGUGUGCUUGAGUGAGAGAGGGAAAAAGAGAAAGACAGACUGCACAAUACAGUAACUCAGGCUGCCUCAUGCCGAUGCACAUUUACUAACUGGAAGGAAGGCUUGAAAAUGUGAUUUUUGAGAGGGGAAAAAAACACAAUUAUUUUUUUUUAUGUUUUCCGUUAACUAUGUUUAAUCAACUGGAUAUUUAAUACUUUUAUGAUCCCAGUUUUUUUUGUUUUUUUUUGCCCUCUCUGGUUUCUCAAGGAGGUUCUUGUGGAUACAACAAACAGCAGCCUGAACUGCAACCUGAAAGCAUGUUUCAAAGGAUGAAGCCAUUCUCUUGGGAUAGCCAUGUUUUGUCUCCAUGACAGCUAUGUCACUCAGCCCUCUCUGCAGUGACCCCUGCACCACAAAUGAUGCUGGGAAAUAACAAGCACUUUUAUCCCGGUCAGGAUGACAAAGAUGGGGAGGAUGAGGAGGAGGAAGAGGACCUGGUCAGAGAAACCAGAAAAGGGGAAGGUGGACGUGACAUCGAAAAUGGAGAGUUAGACGGUCUGCUAGAGAAGGAGAUGAGGGCAGGAAGACAGUCCUGGGAAGGAAAAGUUCUCGAAGUGGCCAAACCAGCAGCCAUUGUGGUCGGUAGGCAGAGAGCAGACCGGCCAGUGAGGUCGGGACACCCGGGCAACCGUGGGGUCGCUUACACGUCCAAUCAAGUCACCUCAAGCCACCCACAUCAUCAAACAGCCAAUAAGACACAGCAUCAUGUCAUCGUGGCCAAUCAGCAUCACACAGGCUUGAAUGCAUCGCAAAAGAGAAGAGCUCUGAUGGAGCGCAGCAUGACCACCAUGGCCCCGCUGGAGGACACGUUCCUGUCCAUAAUUGUGUUCCGCAUUGGAAUUCCUGACAUCAAACAAACAAGGUGUCUCCAGUUCGACCAGGACUGUACGGUGUGGAACGCCAAGCAGCAGAUCAUCUGCUCCCUCAGUGAGACCUUGUGGGACGUGUACAACUACGGCCUCUUCCAGCCGGCAGCAGAGGGACGGGACGCCAAGUUCUUGGACGAGGAGAGAACCAUGAAGGAAUACUCACAGUCUUUUGAGAAAGGGGUGCCUUACUUGGAGUUUAGAUACAAAACAAGAGUGUAUAAGCAGACAACUCUGGAUGAAAAGGCUCUUUCCAAGCUCAGCACUAAAGCGAGUCUGAAGAAGUUCAUGGAUUAUGUACAGACUGGAGCACUGGAGAAAAUGGUUAAAGUCCUCGAUAAAGGUCUUGAUCCAAACUUUCAUGACCUGGAGAGUGGAGAGACCCCCCUGACUGUGGCUGCACAGUCAGGCCUGCCAGUGGAAGGCAUCAGGGCUCUGGUUCAGGGCGGAGCUCAUUUUGACUUCAGAAGCAGAGAUGGCCUGACUGCAGUGCACAAAGCUGUCAGGGUUCACAAUCAUACGGGGCUGAUGGCUCUCUUAUCAUUGGGAAGCUCUCCAAACUACAAAGACCGCUGUGGCCUGACCCCGCUGUACCACACAGUCCUGACAGGGGGUGACACCUCCUGCUGUGAGACUCUGCUUUACUACAGGGCCAAGUUGGGGACGAGGGAUGAGAAUGGCUGGGAUGAGUCUCAUCAGCACAGAGAUGAAGAGGAAUUUGGAAUGGAAGAAAUACAUAAGGCUUGCCAGAAUGGCUUUACCCAACACUUGGAGCAUCUGCUGUUUUAUGGGGCAGACGCCUCCUCUCAGAAUGCCUCAGGGAAUACUGCGCUUCACAUUUGUGCCCUGUACAACAAAGAAAGCUGUGUCCGUGUUCUUUUGUACAGGGGAGCAAACAAGGAAGCAAAGAACAAACAUGGUCAGACCCCUUUUCAGCUGGCUGUAAUGUCUGGUCACUUUGAACUCGGGGAAGUCAUCAAAAACCACAAAGAUUCAGAUAUAGUGCCCUUUUUGGAAUCACCAAAAUAUGUCCCCAAGCGAAAGGAAAGCGCCCAUACGCUGCCUCUUCCCUUCCUCCAGUCCCACCCUUUACUGCGUGCUAACAGCGACAACACCAUGACCCACUCUGAUCCUGUGGUCAUUCCCAACAAGGCGGCAACAACACCUAACCCAGCUCAGGGCCACCGCAGGGCUUCCAUUGGCUUGAGAAGCUCUAGCAGCCCCAGGAAUCGCACCCGUUCACCAUCGCGAGGAAGAGGAGGCCAGAGUGACACAGAGGAGAGGCACAGGCAGCCACGAGGCAGGCCGGGGGCGGCCCCUGCAGGCAGUGGAGGAGGUCAAGUGAAGCGGAUGUACAGUGCAGUGCCCGGGCGGGUGUACGUGGCUACUCGGGCCCACUCUGCUAGUGGAGACAGACAGCUGUCACUCAACAAAGGGGACAAAGUAAAAGUGUUGAGCGUCGGUGAGGGGGGCUACUGGGAGGGAACAGCGAAAGGUCGCACUGGCUGGUUCCCCUCGGACUGCGUAGAGGAAGUGGCCACUGGCAGCAAGGACAAUCGAUCGGAGACACGUAGCGAGAAAGCCAAGAGGAAGCUCUUCCGGAACGUCACCGUCGGCGCCUACGACGGCACAGAUGGUCCUAGUGACUACAUCAUUAAGGAGAAGACAGCGCUCCUACAGAAAAAAGACAAUGAGGGCUUUGGCUUUGUGCUUAGGGGAGCCAAAGCUCAGACUCCCAUAGAGGAAUUCACUCCGACGCCAGCGUUCCCAGCGCUACAGUACCUGGAGUCGGUCGAUGAGGGGGGCGUGGCAUGGAGGGCCGGCCUCAGGAUGGGGGAUUUCCUCAUCGAGGUGAACGGCCAGAACGUGGUGAAGGUAGGACACCGGCAGGUGGUCAACAUGAUCCGACAGGGCGGCAACAGUCUAAUGGUCAAAGUCGUGAUGGUUGCGAGAAACCCCGAGCUGGAGGAUACGACUCGAAAGAGAGCCCCGCAGCAGACGAAAAGGCUGACUCCUCCUGCCAUCGCCCUGCGCUCCAAGUCAAUGACAUCAGAGCUGGAAGACAUGGUGGAAAAAGCUGCCUCUCCAUGGAAAAAGAAAGCAGACUACGAGUCCUCUCAGGGUCCUGAUAAGAAGAGGACAGUUUAUCAGAUGGCACUGAAUAAACUGGAUGAAAUCUUGGCUGCCGCCCAGCACACAAUUACGUCAGACAACCAAGGCCAGAGAGGUCACGGAGGCAAGAGAGACCGCAGCAAGAGUAUUGUUCCCAAUGUCGCCAAUGAGUCAACAUAUGAGCUGCAGGCCACAGUGAAUGCAGCGCAAUCCAGACCUGGUUUUACCUACAAUCAAGGGCACUUUCAACCAGCCCAGCAUGCAGUCAUGAUGCGUCAGAAAUCCAUUGGUAUAACUGAAGAAGAGAGGCAGUACCUUCACCCACCUGCGAUGAAGUUAGCUCGUAGUUUGUCAGUGCCAGGACCAGAAGAAAUCCCCCCACCCCCAAAUACAUCAGCACCGGAGCCACCUUUAUCUGCCGGCCCUUAUCCUGGGAGGGGCCCUGCAAUGCCCAUACCUCCUGUAUCACAGGCCCACUUCCAGCUCCACUCCCAACCAGGUCAGCCUAAUCAGUGGGAAAGGGGAAGUGCGAUGAACCAGCAGGUUAUGGUCUCCACGCUACGCAGACAAUCUGAAGGACUGUGCGGGAGGGAGCAAGAGGCACCCAGGCGAGGUGGUGGCAAGAUGGGAGGGUUAAGAAGAGGUUACAGUAGCGCUACACCACCAACGAGUGCUAAACCUAAGGCUCAGCAAGCCCAGCAGCAUCAUCCACAUAUGACCUCUCGGGAGCAAGGUGGAGGGACUGGCAGGGGGGCAGCCCGUAGAGGAGGACGGGGAGCUCUGACAAAGCAGUCUAAAAUUGAGGAUGGACUGCGGCAACAUCGGGGGAAAGGUGGCGCAGCCAAAGAGAAGACCUCCAUCCCUAUCCCAACCAUUAUCAUCAAAGCUCCCUCCACUAGCAGCAGUGGUCGAAGCAGCCAGGGAAGCAGCAUGGAGGCCGAGGCCCCGCAGGAUGCAGAGGACCACACAGAUGCUGAACCAACUUCAGAAAGCCCAAACUCCACUUUACCUUCACCACUCACCUCAAUACCACCUCAGCCCCUGACAUCCACUUCCUUGCCUCAAUCAGCUGCUCCUGCUCCGGUUUCUAUGAAGCAGAACUUGGAGAAUGUAGACUAUACGUCAAGCUUUGGUUCCACAUUUAGAAGUGGAGGGGCACGCAGGGAAAGGGAACGUUUCCGUGACAUGAGAAGAAAAAGUGCUUCUUUCUUCCUCUCAUCAGAGGAGGACAUCCAAGGGGAGCCCGGUGGGGGUGCUGUGGAGCUAGGGGAAGCGCUAAGUGCAAGGAUUCAGCCGCUCCAGAGCUCACAAAUGGAAGUACCAACUCCUCGACUCAGGCCAUCCAAGUCUAUAGAUGAGGGCAUGUUUUCUGGCGACAACUACGUCCACUAUUCCAGCAGCAUGCCCCCAGCCUUUGGUCUUCCGGAAUAUUCUUCACCUGUCCUCAGUCAAGAUGGUCAACCCAAGUCAGCUCCAUCAAUGUACGGCUCCCAGCCUGCUACUACUUUCAUCCACCCGCUCACUGGAAAGGUUCUAGAUCCCUCAUCUCCACUUGGACUUGCACUCGCCGCAAGGGAGCGAGCCCUCAAAGACGACCGCAGAACUCGACGAGAGGAGAGACACUUUGGUCGUCAGCUUUCCACAGUUGGAGCGUUCACCACCCCCACUCAGACCCCAACACCCUCUCUUUUUGCAACCCCCACGCAAUCCACAUACACGUCACCUGUCUCGCUCCACUUGACCUCUCCCACUACCAACACCUCACCCACAUCUCUAAGUCGGCCUCAGUCACCUCGGAUCUUACGCAUGGGAGGAGGAGGGGAGAAGAUGGAGAAAGACAAGGAUGGAGGGUCUAGAGAGGGUCUUAGAGUUCGUUUCUCUGAGGACAAAAACAGCCAAUAUUCAAGCCAGUAUUAUCCACAAAACCCAAGAGAGAGAGAAAAGGAGGCCCAUGAUAGCAGACCUGUUCCACCCAUACAGCCUCCUCCACAUCCAACUCAGACUGCCCCUCGCAGGCCUUCCUUCCUGCAGAUGGAAAACACUUCUAAUACUAGCUACAUCCCUCAGUACACCGUCCCUACAGCACCUGCACAGGGCCCUGACGCUAUGAGAGGGGCAACAGAGGACACUGGAAACUUGGGAAUGAUGGUUCUACCUCCACCAGCUCCCUCCAUAGACGUAGAUGAGGAGUUUGUCUUUGCAGACCCCUUACCACCCCCUUUACAGUUUGCUAAUGGUAAAAACGAAAGCGUGAAGGACUACCACCAGCAGUACCAACACGUGAGUCAGCGAUCUGCCCCACCACCACCUCCUCUUCCAUCUCCUAAACCCCCAAGCGUUCCCCAAUCCUCUUCGCAAGGCGGUGACUCUGCCACCUCUAGCCUUACCUCCUACGACAGUGAGGUGGCUAACCUGACACAGUCCGCUCUCUCGCCAUCUUUACCAUCUCCACAGAUAUACCCCCCCUCCUCCACAACCACCUCUGCUGCUUCCACAUCACUAUACAAACCCCAACCCAUGUCUCAUUCUCACACAUAUUACAGCGGUUCCAGUGACCCACUGGUGGGGAGCCAUGCCACAGCCCAUGACAGAGGCGCAGCCGCCCUCACCACUACCAUGACAUAUGCCACCACUACUAUGACAGCCACCGUGGCCGCCACAACCACCACAACCUCUACGGCCUCAGACUACAGCAUGAUUGUGGGUGGACCCAAAUGUGGUUACAGCACAGGGGACAAAGCAGCUAACCACAUCCACUACCCUGCCAAUGUAGCCAAAAGCGGAGAAUGGCAGGAUGCCGUGGUGGACUCUGGGAUUGAGGAGCUGGACAGUCACAGCAGCAGUGACCAUCAUAUCGAAAUGCUUGGAUUGACUGGGCUGAGAGGAGAGAAGAGUUUAGGUGAGGGGGACAAAGGGGGAGCACCUCAGGAUCCUUCCACAGCUUAUUCAGGUGGCCAAACAUUUGAGGUACAGAACACCAAAUUGGCAAACCCAGCAUUUCCAAAGAUGGCUCAUUAUAAGGAGGGAGGAGGGAGAGCCCUUCCUGUUGCACUACGCAGGCAAAACAGCACCAACCCUGCUCCGUUACAACUGCAUAGACAAAACAUCCCAGACAAUAUCAGGUUUGAUGGAGUGCUACCUGAUGAAAGGAGACAUACGCAGAAUAGACCCAAAAUAGAGGACGACUUCAGCGCCACCCUGGCCGCCUGCUUAGACAGACCCAGUGAGCCUCGGUCGGCAGGUUGGGAGGUCGGGGAUCACGAGCAGCUCCCGAGAGGCGGUAUGGCUUUGGAUGGACGCAGGCUUCACUCGCCUCUGUCAGGUGUAAAGGCCAGCAUCAUCAACGAGUUGAGCUCCAAGCUUCAACACAUGAGUAGCAUGAGGAGUAUGGACGACUGGAGCCACGCCCCCAAGUCACCCACAAUGCACAGGUAUUCAGCAGAUUUCACCGAUGCAUUUCACAGCCCCCCUACCGGCCGCUCCACAUCACCGUUACCCACCACCUCCCCUCAGCACCGUCACGUACUCCCACCCAAUCUAUCUGCCGCUCCCUCUGUGUCCCCUUCCCCUCAAGUCCCAGUGCAGCGCAACUGGACCCGUUCCCCCUCUCCUCAAAUGCCGUCCUCCCCGGUCCACUCUCACCCUCCUCAUUCACCCACCUACUGUCCUUACCCGACCUCGCCCAAGCAUCGGUCCAAGAUGCGGCGACAGACUUUCGAUUUCCAGUUCAGCCCCACUAAGGAGAUGCGAUCAUCAGUUUCCAGACGCCGUGCUCCCAGCCCGCUCAUCUAUAACACUGAACAGCCCAGCCCCACGCCCCCCAGACCCUCCUCCCUGCCCAUCCUUCCCAGUACACCGGUCUACAACAACCCCUUUGAAUUCCCUGGCCCUGCGUCCCCUGGAAUCCCUCUAGCAGACGCAUACUCAGCCUCGACACCGCCACUCUUCUCCCCAUCUGGUGUGCCAAGUGCCAACCCGCUACUCGCCACCCGCUCUCUCUCCCCAACCCAUUAUCUCUCCGGAGCCUCCUCCCCUCUGCACUUACCCCCCAGCCCGUCCUGCCUCAACUUCCCCCAGUUUACCCCUCCUCCCCCCGCCAAACCCUUUGCUCUCAAGCCGCUGCCCUACUGGACAAAGUACGACGUGGCCGACUGGCUGGCUUACCUAAACCUGGGCGAACACAUAGAGCGUUUUAUCGAUAACGAAAUAGACGGAUCCCAUUUGCCUUCACUUACCAAGGAUGACUUCUUGGACUUGGGGGUCACUCGUGUGGGGCAUCGAAUGAACAUCGAGAGGGCGCUGAAGAAACUCACUGACAGGUGAGGGAGGACUUUAAAAGCAGCAGCAGAGUCCAAAGGGAAAACCUGGAUUGCCCCUUUUCUUUAUCACAAGCUUAUCAUUUAUUUUUCUUCUCUUUUUAUUUUUCCAUCUCUUUUUUUCUUAUUGGUUCUCUUCCCAGGCGCCUCUCCUACCCUUUGCAUAUCACUGCUUCCCCCAGAGACACAGACUGAGAGUGAUGGGGUGAUUGAAAGGUGACAAAACACAUGACAAAUGGAACAUUAACAGAAGACAAGAAGACCGUUGGAUGUCAAGCUGCUCAUGUUGAUAUCUGAUUUAUUUGCACAUUUACUGCAAAGACUCCUGUUUUGAAAUGAAGUAUAUCACCGAAUGCAAAAACUUUUACUAGACAGUUGUUUAACACGCUCUUUUCAGAUGGAUUGUCACACCAUCUUCUGUGAGCUUAUAAAGAUGCUUAAAGGGUAAACACCACUCCAAUGUUGCCAGAAACACAAGGACCCCCAUCGUGUCAUCACUUCAAGUGCGGCCAAAGUCAGCGGGCGGGUUUCUUUCUAGGCGACAAAGAAAGUGACAUGAAAAAUAGUAUUUUGUUGUUAUCUACUCGCCAUAUCGCCCAGAAUGACUCCCAAUAAUAAGUUUUGUAUGUAUGUUACUUGCGAGCACUUAAUAUAGCUUACGUGUUUAACGGGAUUCACUAUUAUUAGGUUUGUACUAAGUGCAAUCAUUUCUAACUAUUUUAAAACCAGUUCAGUCAAGCUUGUGAUACACAAUAUGGUUGUGGAAGUCAAGACAUUAUUUAUUUAUUACAAAGGAGUAUUAGGUCUACACUGAAAAGAAUAACUAGUAAUAUGAUUAGUCAUAAUAUGAUUAGUCGUAAUGUAAUAAGGACGUAAUAAGUCACAGUGGUACCACAAUGUUUUUUCCCCUUUUCACAAAAAACAGUAAAGUUGGACUUUUAACAAGUGAAUCUCAAAAGUCCAAGCUACUGAUGCUAGAGAACAUGCUACAUUCAUCAGGUAAUAUCAACAAAUAUAUGUAUUAUUGAUUUAAUUUUGUUUUAUAAUAUUCUGGCUUUAUGCUUGUCAAAUAACAAUAUUUUUCUCAUAAUCAUAAGACGUUGUCUGUUUUGACAUUAAAACUUUUUCCACCUAACUGACUUUUUGGCUUACUUAUCGUAAUAUUGAGGUGGAACUUCAUUUUCAUAGUAUUACACCUUUUUCCACUCAUAAUAUUUGCUUUUCUUGUAAUAUUAUGACUGUCUUACCAGAAUAAAAUUACGGUACGUUAUUCCUGUAAUUAUCACAAACUCAUCAGUAUAAGUUUAAAUAUGUUUUUUUACACAUAGACUUUAUCACAAUAGCACUUUUUUGUCAUAACAUUUCACCUUUAUUUUUGGAAUAUUGGAAUUUUUUUCUCAUAUUUUUGACUUUUUACUUGUCGUACUUUGACUUUCUUAUCGAAAUAUUGAGACAUUUUUCCUCAUGAUGUUCCUUUUUUUCAUCAUAUAAGUUUUAAGUGUAAUAUUAAUGUUUAGGUUUUAGUUUUAAUCAUAUAUUGGCUUUUUAGUUGAACUACUUGGACUUACUGAAAUAUUCAAAAAUGUUUCUUCAUGAUGCCACAGCUUUUUUCUUGUCAUACUAUGUUUAUAUUUAAAAUUUUAAUUCUAAUUUUAUGACUUUAUUAUUAUGACUUUUUUAUUGUGACUAGUUAUGACUCUUUUUGCAAAUAUUUAGAAUUUUCUCAGAACAUAAAAUUACACCUUUUUUCUUGUAAUAUUUUAACGUUUUCAUGUAAAAUCACUUUUUUUUCCUAAAUAUGACAACUUAUAAUAAGAUUAUGACAUUAUUCCGACUUUUACCAUGCCUUUUUUACAUAAUACAGUAAUACAGACUUUUUGUAUCAAGUUCCCAACCAGGGUUGCAUCAAGAAGUACGUCUGGUCUAAAAGCUAAGCAAAAACUUUUCAUGCGAUUGACUCGCCCGUUGAAAAAAAAAACCCAAAACUUUUUUUCUCGUAAUGUUUUGAUGUUUUCACAUAACAUGACUGUAUUGACAUAAUAAUUGAACUUAAAUUCCAUUAUUAGUACAACUUCUGUUGUAAUACUUUGACUAUCACAUAAUACGGUAUGCCUUUUUGUGCAUAUUAUUUUUGACUUUUUCACUUAAUAUUUUUGUGUUUUUAUUAGGACUUUUUUUCUUGGAAUAUUUGGACUUUUUCAUGUAAAAUUAUUACUUUUUUUCUCAUAAUAUUUGGAUUUUUUUCCUGUAAUAUUACAACUUCGACCUUUGAAUAUUUCAGUUUUUUUCUCGUGGUAUCAUUUUCUUCUUUUCAGUGUGGCCCUAAUACUUCACUUUUUAAUGUAGUCAUGAUAUUAUUAUUAUUUAUCAUACUGAUAGAAAAAGUACAUGUUGGAGAGGAAAAAAACCUUUUUUUAUUUCUAUUGCAGACGGCAACUUACUUUCUUUUCUACAUGACUGGUGCCAUAGCACAAGUGGAGGGAUGGAUGCCAUACUGUUACUGUAGGUGCCGUGAUCACAAAGGGCUUUUUUACUUCUUCACCUCCUGUGUGUCUGUUUAAAAUGUCUUUUGGUUUUUUUUUUUGCUGCUACUUGUUGACAAUCCUGCUUGCCUGUUCCACACAAUCUGACCACCUUCACUUUAGAUAAACACAUACAAUACAUAAUAGAGCGGCCUGGAGUUUAGUGUUUUAAAAAUCUCUUGUCUUCCAAACUCUCUUGUUUGGUUCAUAUUUUGACGGGGGUGUGAUUUCUGUCAAUGCUUUCUAUACUGCUCGCCCUGUGAUGACUUUAGUGAAGCAGACGUGCUAGGUUUAAUGCAUAUUCUCGCCAUGUGAGUAACUAAACAUGACUCAUGUAUUCUCCUCACGCUGAGUCGCCUCAGUGCUAUUUGUGUGACGACGGGACUGAGCGGUAGUGUAGAAAACACUACCUACGUAUGAUUUACGGUACAUGAAGGAUUUUAGCUCUAGUGAACUGUAUAAUGAAUAUGACUACAUGCAGUAUGGGUGUAAGUAUGCUGAGCUUUAAAAAAGUAUAUAUGGAUAUAAAGUUACAUUUUAAAUCAAAUAGACUACAUACUAAAUAAAAUAAUGAUAGAGGUACAACUGUGUUGAAAUAAAUUCUGA